AUGCUCCGGUCGCUCUGGAGUUUCCUUAAGCGGCACAAGAAGAAAUGCCUCGUCCUCGGUACAUUCCUCGGCGGAGUCUAUUUACUGGGAAAAUAUGGGCAGAAGAAAAUCAGAGAAAUCCAAGAACGAGAGGCAGCUGAAUACAUCGCCCAAGCACGAAGGCAGUAUCAUUUUGAAAGUAAUCAGAGGACGUGCAAUAUGACAGUGCUGUCAAUGCUUCCAACAUUGAGGGAUGCCUUAAUGCACCAAUUAAAUUCUGAGAGUCUCACAUCCCUUCUUAAAAAUAGGCCAGCAAACAAGUUAGAAAUAUGGGAGGAUUUAAAGAUAAUAAGUUUCACAAGAAGCAUUGUAGCUGUAUAUAGUACCUGUAUGCUAGUAGUUCUUUUGCGAGUCCAGUUAAAUAUUAUUGGCGGUUACAUCUACCUAGAUAAUGCUGCACUCUGCAAAAACGGCACAACACCACUGGCUCCCCCUGAAGUUCAGCAGCAAUAUUUAUCAAGUAUUCAGCACCUUUUAGGAGAUGGACUGACUGAGUUAAUAACUAUUGUUAAACAAGCGGUGCAUAAAGUUUUUGGAAGUAUUUCCCUUAAGCACACCCUAUCUCUUCUGGAGCUGGAACAGAAACUGAAAGAUAUCAGGAAAGUAGUGGAACAUAAAGAUUCGGAUCAGAUUGCAUCUUACUCUCCCUUAUGUCAUUAUCUGAUGCCAGAUGAAGAAAACCCUUUGGCUACCCAGGCCUAUGGACUUACAGAGAGAGACAUUGCUACAAUUAAAUUACUUAAUGAAACUAGAGAUAUGCUAGAAAGUCCAGACUUCAGUACCGUUUUGAGCACGUGUUUAAAUAGAGGAUUCAGUCGUCUGCUGGACAAUAUGGCAGAGUUUUUUAGACCUACUGAACAGGACCUCUCUCAGAAUGGCUCUGUAAAUAGUCUUUCCAGUGUCAGUCUUCCUUUAGCCAAGAUAAUUCCAAUAAUAAAUGGACAGAUCCAUUCAGUAUGCAGUGAAACACCCAGUCACUUUGUUCAGGACCUGUUGAUGAUGGAACAAGUGAAAGACUUUGCUGCUAAUGUUUAUGAAGCUUUUAGUACCCCUCAGCAACUAGAGAAAUGAACUACACAUUUAUAGGAAUAGAUUGUGUAUUUAUAACAAAUCCCUUGUGACUACUGAUGAGACUUGGGUUAAUUUUAUAAUGGUGUAGGAGUGGUAGACCAGCAGAAAGAAUGUUCUGAAAAAAGUGGGAGUGAACCCGUAUUUGUUCUAAUAAAAUUCUGUUUCAAACACCCAUUAAAAGUAUUCUUGUUGAAAGAAUCAUUGUAUGUAAAGACUUUUCUAUUAAAAAAGUGGUUAAACUCUUCCAUAAUUCAUCUGAUUAUUUUUAUUGCAUCUGGUGGCAGUACUACAAGUUUACAUAAAAACCCAUUUGUUUGCCUGGGCUGUGUAAAUUUUGGAAAAAAAACUAAUGGUAGUGAUCUAAAGAAUAGCACAGAUCAGCAGAAUGAAGUAAGGCUUCUUUCUUCUUCUCCCAUUUUUUUCUUUUUAUAAAGGAAAGCUUUUUUUUUUCCCUUAACUUUACAAAUGUUAUUCCAAAGAGUCUUUCAUUCUUCAGAAAGCCUUUGCCAACUGAUGCAUGUUCCUCUUGAACAAGCUGGAGGGUGCUUUCUCUGUUACUUACUACUAAAGGAAUGUGGAUUUUUAGAAGUUCUCUUGUUUAUGCUGUUCAAACAGCUACACUGUACACAUUAACUUGUAAAUAUUUUAUCUUAAUUUGUAUUAAUUUUGA